GCGUGGCCAGCGACCAAACCGCCGGAGUUUCCAGGCGGCUGUGCGCGUCCCUUCGUGUGGUUUCGGUCGGUCGGUCAGUCAUCCACACAGACCGUCUAUCAGCCGGACCCGGGGAGCUGCGCGUAAGAGGGACGCAGCUGGAUAAAGCGCACCGGGGGGGAGGUGGGCGGCGUCGGAGGGUCGGCGCUUGUAUUUGCUUCUGUUCCGCUGCGCCUCGGUACGCUGGAUACUGGAUGCAAUCCAUCCGCGUGUCAACAGCACACCUCCGACGGACGAGCCAUGGACGGUCUGGGCAGCCGCUGUAAGAUUGUGGUGGUCGGGGACACGCAAUGUGGGAAGACGGCACUCCUGCACGUUUUUGCCAAGGACUGCUAUCCGGAGAACUACGUGCCGACGGUGUUUGAAAACUACACUCCCAGUUUUGAGAUAGACAAGCACCGGAUAGAGCUGAAUAUGUGGGACACGUCAGGUUCCUCUUAUUACGACAACGUGAGGCCGCUGGCGUAUCCCGACUCAGAUGCAGUUCUCGUCUGUUUCGACAUCAGUCGCCCGGAGACGUUGGACAGUGUCAUAAAAAAGUGGCAGGGGGAAACGCAGGAGUUUUGUCCCAGUGCCAAAGUGGUGCUGGUGGGCUGCAAGCUGGACAUGAGGACGGACGUCGGCACCCUGAGGGAGCUCUCCAAGCAGCGCCUCAUACCGGUCACCCACGAGCAGGGCAGCACGAUAGCUCGACAGAUGGGCGCGGUGGCCUACGUGGAGUGCACAUCCAAGGUGUCGGAGAACAGCGUACGCGACGUCUUCCACGUCACCACGGUGGCGUCGGUGCAGCGGCCGCACAAGCCGCAGAUAAAGCGCAGCACUUCCCGCAGAGGCCUGAAGCGAGUGUCACAGCUCCCGCUGCCGCCGCUGCCGGUCCGGACUGAGCAGAUAGACGAGGCCCCGACCAUGAGGAAGGACCGGGCCAAGAGCUGCGUGCUCAUGUAGAGACCCGUCCCACUAUGACUCCAUAUCUAUAGCUAUAUAUAUGUAUAUACAAAAGCACAGAAAUAUAUAAACCAGAGGAAGUCUAUUUAUUGUUUUUUCCAUUCUUGUAGUGUUUCUUUUUAAUUUUUUGCACUGCAGUAGAGGAAGAGGGGAAAAAAAACACUACAGUGUGAAAUUAAAUGUUUGGGAUUUUUAAAAGGUUUUUGUUGCAAGUGUGCAUAUAUAUUCUCAACUGUUGACACGUGUGUUGUUUCAAAAUGACCGAAAAUUGGACCAACUCUCUGGACACAAGUGGAAAGUCCGUCUUGUCCCGCCUGUUAAAGAAGAGUUUGUUCCCUGAAACUGUGAGGAGGCAACGCGGUGAUGCAACAGCGGAGCAGAUGUGAGGAGGACCAUGAUGAAGCAGGACGUCUGGAGAUGAAGCUUGUCGUUAUCCUUGAACCCGUUGCUCAGUGGACACGGGGCCCUCUGCUCUCGUGUGCUGUCUGAAGUUGCUUUCUCUUCUCGCUGUUCCUGAUAGGAAAUGUAAAGUAUUGCUCAAAGCGGUUUGUAGUGAUUAGACAAAUAAUUGCUUAAACUAACACUGGGAGCUGGUAAUGAGAUUUGGUAACACUCAUAUUGUAAAAGGUCAGCGUGAGCGUUUCUACCACAAGUGCAUUUUAGAUUUUAUUCUGCGCAUUUAAAAACACGCUUUUUCCUCCACAACCUCCAACUGUGUCAGUUUGAUUCACUGAAGUUAUUGCUGUUGUAACUAUUCUAUUUUAAAAGAUGUUUCUUUGUGGAAAAUAAAUUCGUAAAAUGUU